AUUGUUGUUUCUAUUUGUUAAAUUACUUUUUUCCCUAAUUAUGGAGAAGAACCAACACCGACCGAGUCCAGACCCAGAUUAGCCCCAUUCAUCUUUGGUUUUUGUGCUUGCUAGAACAGCAAGGGUUGGCUUGGUUAUAUCCAUAUACGGAUGCCUAUGGCUAGGACUAGGAGACGUGACUAACCAUCUUUCCUCAAAUCAAUAUUUUAUAUGUUUUACAGCUUAUAAUAUAUAUGCAUGAAUAUUAUUUACAAGCUCAGCCUUUGAAACUCCUCUAUUCUCUCUCUUUCUCUGCAUCUGCAAGCAAGAGAUAUGCCUAGUGAAGGUACAGUAGAGGAAUCUAAGGUUCCUCUAUUAACUGAUUUAGGUCCCAUAGUUGAAGAAGAUAACCUUUCAAGAAAGGUUUGGAUUGAAUCAAAGAAGUUAUGGCAGAUAGUUGGUCCUGCUAUCUUCAGCCGCCUCGCCUCUUUUUCCAUGAUUGUUAUCACUCAAGCCUUUGCAGGUCAUUUGGGUGACCUUGAACUUGCUGCCAUAUCCAUUGCCAAUAAUGUCAUUAUCGGGUUCGACUUGGGUCUCCUGUUGGGAAUGGCUAGUGCAUUGGAAACGUUAUGCGGGCAAGCAUUUGGGGCCAAAAAGUAUUACAUGUUGGGAGUGUAUAUGCAGCGAUCUUGGAUAGUACUGUUCUUGUGCUGCGUUCUGCUUUUGCCUCUAUAUCUCUUCGCCUCUCCGUUCUUAAAACUACUAGGACAACCAAACGAUGUAGCAGAACUGUCAGGAAUUGUUUCCAUAUAUAUGAUACCACUUCACUUCAGUUUUGCAUUUCAGUUUCCAUUACAAAGAUUCUUGCAGAGCCAGCUAAAGAACACAGUGAUCGCAUUAAUUACUUUUGUUGGUCUAGCGGUGCAUGUGAUUGUGAGUUGGCUGUUGGUGUACAGAUUUCAGCUUGGUGUGAUCGGAACUGCGAUGACUCUGAAUUUUUCAUGGUGGGUUCUUGUGUUUGGGCAUCUUGGUUAUGUCAUUUUUGGUGGCUGUCCUCUUACUUGGAAAGGUUUCUCCACUGAAGCCUUUUCCGGCCUUUGGGAAUUCACCAAGCUUUCUGCUGCUUCCGGUGUCAUGCUAUGCUUGGAGAAUUGGUAUUAUAGAAUACUAAUCUUGAUGACAGGGAAUCUGAAGAAUGCUGAGAUUGCGGUUGAUGCCUUAUCGAUAUGCAUGACCAUAAAUGGCUGGGAAAUGAUGAUCCCUUUCGCAUUCUUUGCAGCUACCGGAGUAAGGGUUGCAAAUGAACUAGGAGCUGGGAAUGGAAAAGGAGCAAAGUUUGCAACAGCUGUAUCAGUGAUAACAUCAGUUAUAAUAGGGCUUUUCUUCUGGGUGUUGAUAUUGUUAUUCCAUGAUAAAUUGGCUUGGAUAUUUACUUCAAGUGAACCUGUUCUUAAAGCAGUCAACCAACUCUCACUAUUAUUAGCCUUCACUGUUUUGCUCAACAGCGUUCAGCCAAUUCUCUCUGGCGUGGCUGUGGGAUCUGGAUGGCAAAAAUAUGUGGCAUACAUAAAUCUGGGUUGCUAUUAUUUGAUUGGGGUUCCACUUGGAUUUUUGAUGGGUUGGCUGUUUCAUCUCGGAGUUAUGGGAAUUUGGGCUGGAAUGAUUUUUGGUGGAACGGCAAUUCAGACCUUGAUAUUGGCUCUCAUUACCAUUCGUUGUGACUGGGACAAAGAGGCAGAGAAAGCAAGCAUGCACGUAAAGAAAUGGUCCGAAGUAAAGUGAAAAGAGAGACAAAAUGAUUGAUUGCACAGACUAGGCUUAUACAUGAUGUGAACAAAGAAGGAUCGUUAUCACUAAUUAAAUGAAUCCUCACUUCAAAUGCUAUUGAUUUUGAUUUGGCAAUCAAGAUUAAUCCAUUUCUGUAAGAUGCUAUGAUUUUGAAUCCAUCGAAAAUGCAUUUAAUUGCCUAA